UGGAGCUCGACCGGGACAAUCGUAGAUUGGAAAUGGGUCCCGAAUGGGGGACUCUCUUGGCGAAACGAAUGAUGUCGACCGAAAGAAGACCUCCGAAAGAACGAGAAGCGGAGAAAGUACGUAUUGCGCUGGCAGAGAUUCCUCCUACACUCCAAGAAGUCAAGCUGAAACAGCACAAGCUGGGGGGACUAGAUCCCAAGGAAUUAUCGGAGCUGACGCGCAAGUGCCACUUGUUCGGCUCGAUCGACCUCAGCGGCUGGAAAGGGGUCCGCCUCCUGUCUUUCCGUAGCUUAUGCCUGGCCGUUGGGGGCUCUCUUCAGACGGUAGACCUCAGCAGAACAGAAACAACAAACGAAAUGCUUGGGGUCUUCGCCGCCCGUCUGUUUUGCCUCCGGACCAUCAACCUCACCUCGUGUCGCCAGGUAACCACGAAAGGCGUACAAUACAUCGCCCGAGGCUGCCCCAACAUGUCCGUGCUCAACCUGUACCACUGCGGAAAAGUCAAGAAUGGAGCUCUCCUUGCCCUAAGCAAGCACUGCCCCCGGUUGGUGUCGCUCAAUGUGGCGCUCAUCGGUCGUGUGACCGAUGCGGGUGUGUCUGCUCUAAGCCGGGGGUGCAGGUCUUUGCAGGCGCUCAACAUUGCCGGAGCCAAGGAGGCAAGUGUAACGGAGCGAGGCGUCUGUUGCCUAGCUCAGAACUGCCCGGGCCUCCAUACGCUCAACAUUACCGGCUGUGUAGAAGUUGGUCUCGCGGGGCUGCACGGCCUAAUCGAAGGCGUCGGGCCGGCGCUGGUUCAGGAGGCAAAGACGUUCUUCGGCUUUAUACCACAAAGGAGCAUGAUAGACCGCAGGAUAGAGGAAUCGCACAAGGCUAUCGAGCUCGCAGCGGUGCGCGCUAUCCAGCCGGUCAUCGAAGCGAUGCUUGAAGAUCGGAAGCAGGAGCUUCAACAUGCAGCGGUUGUGCGAAUACAAGCCACGGUGCGGGGGUGGAUUGGCCUUAAACGGUGCGCGGCAUGGGGGGAGGUGAAGCGACAGAGGAUGCGAGAUAUUGAAAUCAGCUCGGGCAAGAUUCAGGCGAGGCAGUGCGCGUUGUUUCCUCGCGCGAAUCUGGCUGAGUAAGCUGAAAAUGCAAAAAGAGACG